ACCCAAGGCAGUCGAACGUUACUUUUGAGGAGGAAUAUUUUUCUUGUUAAUUUGAACAUUUUUGUGUCUCGGUCUUGGCUUAUAAUAAAUAGAAAAUUUGUGAUUUUCCUAAAGGAUUUUGAUUUAGGAUGCCACCCAAGACUUACAUAAGAAAUACUAUACUAAUAAAUAACAAAACUAAUUGCUCAUAUAAUUAAAAUACAAAAAAAAAAAAAACAACGAACGAGAAAAGAAUAAAGUGCAUUUUUGCGUGUAUUAUGCAAAGUGCAACAUAAACUGAACCAAAAACAAGAAUAAAACAAAAAUAACGCACAGCAAAAGCAAAAGCAAUAAGAAUAAGUGCCUUCUGACAAAUCAAAUUUUAAUUUACCGCGCGCGAUUUUUCUUUGUUCAUUAAAUUUAAAUUAAGUCCACCAACAAAGACGACCUCAAAUGGGUGGGGGCGGGUCGGUUGCUGCUGCUGGGGGUGGUGGAGGUUUAUUGGAUAUUUAUGCCAUGGCCUGGGAGCAUUUGAGACCCGGAAGUUCGCCCGUAGACUGGUGUGAGGGGAAUUAUUUAAUUUCAUCAAAUAUAGCUGAAUUUGUGAAUACGUUUAGCAACGUUCUUUUUAUUCUAUUACCGCCAAUAUUAAUCAUGCUUUUCAAGGAGUACGGACGCUUUGUCACACCUGGCAUACAUGUGAUAUGGGUCCUAUUAAUUGUCGUUGGACUCAGUUCUAUGUAUUUCCAUGCGACACUUAGUCUGAUUGGCCAACUGCUCGAUGAAUUGGCCAUUCUCUGGGUAUUUAUGGCUGCAUUUUCCCUAUUCUAUCCAAAAAAAUACUACCCGAAAUUUGUAAAGAAUGAUCGUAAAACAUUCAGUUGGUUCAUGCUAAUAUCUGCUGUUGCCGCAACUUUCUUAUCUUGGUGGAAGCCCAUUGUUAAUGCCUUUGUACUCAUGGGCAUGAGUGUCCCGACAAUGUUAAUGCUCUACAGGGAAUUGCAGCGAGUUCGUGAUGAGAGAGUCUAUCGUCUAGGCAUUCGAUCGACGACAGUUUGGGCCGUUGCCGUGUUUUGUUGGGUGAAUGACCGGAUCUUCUGUGAGGCUUGGUCAGCAAUCAAUUUUCCUUACUUGCAUGGAUUUUGGCAUAUUUUCAUCUUUAUUGCUGCCUAUACAGUAUUGGUUCUUUUUGCCUAUUUCUACGUGGAAUCGGAACUACCACAACGUCAACCACUGCUUAAAUAUUGGCCGAAAAACGAAUUUGAAUUCGGCAUACCGUUUAUAUCGAUUAGAAAUCCAGAUUCCAAAGAUUGGCAAAUCUAUUGCAGCCUGUACAUGCAGGACUAUUAUGACCACAAGCUAAUCAAUCGGAGAAACUAAAAUAACCAAUGUAUUUUAGAUAUAUUUGUAAAACAUAAAAACCUACUGCUGCUACUUCAGAAACAUUGAUAUGCGCAUCGUGUGAUAAGCAAACACUUAUGCUAGAACUUAUGAGGAAUAUUAAACAUUAUAGAUUUAUGUAGAAUCCUGACCAGGCCAUAUGGAAUACACCACAAAGUAGUUGUUUAAGAAAUGCAUAUGUUCGUAAGAUAAAUACAAAAUGUACUGAGAUGUUAA